AACUCAAACAUUCGAAGAACUAUCUACCAUAUUCCAACCAAUACAUCCACCUCUUUUCUCUCUCUCUCUCUAUAUAUUUCUAUUUCUCAACACUUUUUUUCAAUCUCAUAAAUCUUUUAUACCUAUAUACCUCACCUCAACACAUUCUUCUUCCCAUCGAUCCCGAGGCUACCUUAGCAGCACAACUGAAGAAAAAAUGAAGAUGCUUUCCACAAAAGCCACGUGCAAUUCCCACGGUCAAGAUUCCUCCUACUUCUUAGGAUGGGAAGCUUAUGAGAAAAACCCCUUUGAUGAGACUUCUAAUCCCAACGGCAUCAUUCAGAUGGGUCUUGCCGAGAAUCAACUAUCAUUUGAUCUUCUCGAAUCAUGGCUUACAAAAAAUCCAGACGCAGCCAGCUUUAAACGUGAUGGCAAAUCAAUUUUUAGAGAGCUGGCUCUCUUCCAAGAUUACCACGGCUUACCCGCAUUCAAAAAGGCAUUGGUAGAAUUUAUGGCGGAAAUUAGAGGAAACAAAGUUACAUUUGAAGCAAAUAACAUAGUCCUUACAGCUGGCGCUACAUCAGCCAAUGAAACACUUAUGUUCUGCCUUGCAGAGGCUGGCGAUGCCUUUCUCCUCCCAACUCCAUACUAUCCAGGAUUUGAUAGAGAUUUGAAAUGGAGAACCGGAGUUGAGAUUGUGCCAAUUCAUUGCACUAGCUCCAACGGCUUCCAAGUCACCCAACCCGCUUUAGAACAAGCUUACAAAGAAGCUGAAAGUCGCAACCUACGUGUCAAAGGCGUAUUGGUUACAAACCCAUCUAACCCAUUGGGGACUACGAUGACAAGAAAUGAACUCGACUUGGUUUUUGAUUUCAUAACCUCCAAAGGCAUUCAUUUGAUCAGCGAUGAGAUUUACUCCGGGACCGUUUUUGGGUCUCCAGGAUUCGUGAGCGCGAUGGAGGUACUUAAGGAGAGGAGUAACGAAGAGGAGGAAGUUUGGAAGAGAGUUCAUAUUGUUUACAGUUUAUCGAAGGAUUUAGGGCUCCCAGGUUUUCGAGUUGGUGCAAUUUACUCUAACGAUGAAAUGGUUGUGGCGGCUGCUACUAAAAUGUCUAGCUUUGGGUUGGUUUCAUCUCAAACACAAUAUCUUCUUUCAGCUAUGCUAUCCGACAAGAAAUUUACGAGAACCUAUAUUUCGGAGAAUCAAAAGAGGUUGAAACAAAGACAGAAAAUGUUGGUGAGUGGAUUAGAGAAGGCUGGGAUUAAGUGUUUGGAGAGUAAUGCUGGGUUGUUUUGUUGGGUAGAUAUGAGGCAUUUGUUGGAAUCAGAUACGUUUGAAAGUGAAUUAAAGCUAUGGAAGAAGAUUGUUUACGAAGUGGGUUUGAAUAUUUCACCAGGAUCAUCUUGUCAUUGCACUGAACCAGGCUGGUUUCGUGUUUGUUUUGCUAAUAUGUCACAGUCAACCUUGAAACUCGCUAUCAGAAGAUUGAAGUCGUUUGUUCAAGAAUUGAGAUCCGUUUCUACUGCAAACGUUUCCACUACCACUACAAAUAUUCAUGACAACAAAUUUUCCAAGAAUAUCAAGAAAAAUAUUUUCACCAAAUGGGUUUUCCGGCAAUCGGUUCAAGAUCAAGCCAACCGCAAGCUCCACUAUGAACGAUAGCCUGGUUUUUUU